AUGAUGGCCGACGCGCGGGGACGCUCCAGGGAUGCCGCCGGGCCUUCCGGCGGCGAUUCCCGCCGGGCAAUUUUCCGGCGGCCGUCGAUGGAGGAGCCGCUGAGCCCGCCCGGUGGCCUUGGUAGCUCACGAUCUGUUGGGGGCCCUCAGAGUGGCAGGUCGGGGAGGCCGGCGCAUGCGCCGUUCCAGGCGCGCCAAGCCCAGGCGGGCCAGGGACAUGAUUCGGGUAAUCGCUCGAGAGGCAAGGACGCAGUGACGGUGGCCAUUCGGUUCCGUCCCCUAAGUAAGAAGGAGAGGUUACGAGGGGACGUCGCGGUGUGGGACGUGGACGACGACAACACGGUGGGACCGCUGUCCAGGGGCAAUUUUAAACCCAAGUAUAAGUACGACCAGGUUUUCAGGGGGGGCGUGGGGAACGCGGAGGUAUACCAGGGGGUGGCGGAGGAGGUCGUGCGCAAGGCGAUGAGCGGCAUCAACGGGACGAUCUUCGCGUACGGCGUCACCAGCAGCGGCAAGACGCACACGAUGAUGGGCGACGCCGACGAGCCGGGCAUCGUGCCGCAGGCCGUGGCGCAGGUCUUCGACAUGAUCGAGAACAUGCCGUCCAAGGAGUUCCUCCUCAGGCUCUCCAUGAUGGAGAUUUACAACGAGGUGCUCAACGACCUGUUGGACCCGACCAGGACGAACCUGAAGAUCCGGACCAACAGCACCAGGGGCAUCCACGUGGAUGGGCUCAAGGAGGAGGUGGUGCUCUCUGUGGAACACGCCCUGUCGCUGAUCGCUAUCGGCGAGGCCAACCGCAAGGUUGCCAGCACCACCUUCAACGAGGGCAGCAGCAGGAGUCACAUCUUGUGCCGUUUCUGCAUAGAGGUCAGCGACAAACUUGACCAAGACUCCGAGGAUGAUGCUCCUGAGGAUGUGGACGAUAUGAUAGGGGACGGGCCUGUGCCGCAACCUCGAGCUCCUCGGGGACCCAGGGAGGACCAUGCGAGGACGAUGUCGUAUUUGAACCUGAUCGACCUUGCAGGUUCAGAAUCUGCAAAGGCCACCGACCGUGUCGAGAUCAGGUCAGGGGCCGGGUUCAGCUUCCGGAAGAUGUUGCAGAAAGCCAAGUCCUCCAAGGCCAGGGGAAAGCGUAUGGAAGGCAGCUACAUCAAUAAGUCUCUUCUCACCCUCGGCACAGUCAUCCAUAAGAUGAGCGAAAGCCGUGCAGCACAUGUACCCUUCAGAGACAGCAAGCUCACCCGCCUGCUCCAGCCCUCCUUGACAGGGAGCGGAGCCAAGGUGGCCAUCGUCUGCACUGUGACCCCUGCAUCAACGCAGGCUGAGGAGACGCACAACACCCUCAAGUUUGCAUCCAGGGCAAAGAAGAUCCAGGUCAAGACAUCCAGGAAUGAGAUCAUGGAUGACAAGUCGCUGAUCAGGCGCUACCAACUUGAGAUUGCGGACCUCAAGCGCCAACUGGAAGUCCUGACAAUGCAGAGGGAAGCAACUCCAAUGGAUGCCACUGUCUCGAAUAUUAACAAGGACAUGGAGGAGCAGCUGUACACACUUCGGGAACGUCUUGAAGAGGAGCUUCGUGCUCGUCUAAAGAGGGAUGAGGACAAGGCAGCACUGGAGGCCCGCAUCAAUCGGCUCACGAGGCUGAUCCUGCACUCCAGCGCUCCACAGGAAGGCUUGUCACUUGGACCCUUCAAGCCGAGCCACCUGAGGUCGAGGAGUUUUGACGCGACCCUGAACCCACAGUACAGACUGCUCACGUCAGACUUUUCAAGGGUGGGUGACAACCCCAGCGAGACCUGCCUCAGCACAGGUGCGUCGCAGCUGGAUUCUCGCCUGUUCACUCGGGACUCCACGUCAACUUUUGGGUGCGACUCCAACUACGUGCUCAUGGACAGAGGGGUAGAGGAGCUUAUCCGCAGAGAAAACCGGCAGCUUCAUGAGCGGGUCAACCUCAUGGCUGAAGAGAUGGCCGCAAAUCAGAGGAGGCUGGAUGAGAUCAAGGCCAUGCUCAGGUCUUCAGCAAGGUCCGGACAAGCGCUGAACACAGGGUCGAGCCAAACUUCCGAUGGGGAGCUGGAGAUGUCGGUGCUCCAAGCUGAUCGUGAGGUGCUCCAGGACACCCUCUCUGGAGUGCGGGGUGAGAACAGGCGCCUCCUUGAUGAGGUUGUGAAGCUGAAGGUCCAGCUGAAGCGUGUUAAGAAGGAGCGCGACUACCUCUACAGUGAGGGCAUGGGCCAAGAGCAGCCUGAGCCACUUGCCAGGAGGGCAGGUGCCCCAGCUGCUCAAGUGUUUGGCCCUUCGGAAGAGGCCCAAUCUGGCAGCCCCAUGGCUUCCUCUGGCGUCGAUGCUGCCUUGGCGUCGACUUGCAGCACAACUGUGUGUGCAAGCUCUGAAGUGUCACCCGCAAGGUGGUCUGGUUCCUACGAGAACACGAUGGAGGACGAUGUGCAGGCGCGUCUGGUUGCACUGGAGCACCAGGUCCACACUGCUAUGGAGGAGCUUGUGCGCAAAGAUCAGCAGCUUGCCAGUCAGCGAGAGGAGCAGGAGAGGAUCCAGAUGAUGGGACGCGAGGUUGCUAGGCAGCUGAAGGGUCUGUCUCAAGAGAACGAGCAGAUCAAGGCAGAGCAUGCACACCUCGAGCUCCAAAACAACAGGCUGCAAGGCUACCUGUUGGAUGGUAUGUCUCCUGAGGAACUCAACAAGUUGAUAUACAAUCUGACGACUGCUGCAGAGCGUGUGCGUUUGUCUGUCCAGCUUAGAAAGAUCCAGACAGCAACUUCCCCGGCUUCUGGUAAUGAUAGCAAUAAAGAGUCUUCCGAUGACGCAGUGUGA